AUGAAGAGAAGCAUCUUUCACUGGGGGGAGCUGGGCAGUAGGUUCAGGGGGUCGAAACCCAACAAAGUCCGAAAACUCAUCCAGGCCACCCCUUGGGAAGAACUUGCCGACAACGAGGAAAUUGACUACAUCUGCUGCAGCCCUCAUCUGACUGUGUUCAUCCUGAGGGAUGGCAGGGUUUAUACGCUGAGCAACAGCCACAAGGGGAGUGGACAACUGGAGCUGAUCACUGCGAUACAGGACGAGAAGAUUCAUACAGCGGACAUCGGUGGCUCCAACAUCCUCUACGUGUCUGAAGCAGGAAAUGUAUACUUCAGUAAAGUCCCAAACCAAAAAUGUGGAGUGGCAAAUAAAUCUUUCAUCGUCACAAAACCAAAGUUACUCAGCAGCUUUGCAGGGAGGUGUGUCGUUCAAGUUGCCUGUGGAAGCAAUCACUCUCUGGCUCUCUGCAAAGAUGGUCAAGUCUUUGCGUGGGGCAAGAACACAAAUGGUCAACUAGGAGUGGGCGAGGCCGUUGGUACCACGCACAGUCCGCAGCACGUGACAGCGCUGGCUGGUAUUCCCUUGGCUCAGAUCGCAGCGGGAGGAUCCCACACCAUUGUAAUGUCUCUGUCAGGGACAGUGUUCGGCUGGGGAGCAAAUCACCGUGGACAGCUGGGUCUAAACGAUGUGAAAGCUCGAUACCAUCCCACUUGUGUGAAGCUUCUGGAGUGUAAGAAAGUCGUGCAGGUGUCCUGUGGGGCCCACCACACUGCUGUGCUGAACAAGGAUGGGCUUGUUUACACCUUUGGAGCGGGAACGUACGGUCAACUCGGCCACAACUCUGACAGAGACGAGCUGAAACCUCGGCUGCUCGAGGGGCUGGAUGGAAUCAAAGUCUCCCAGAUUGCCUGCGGGAGCUCCCACACCAUGGUGUUCAGUUCGGCAUCGCGGCAACUCUAUUCCUUUGGCAGUGGAGAGAACGGGCAGUUGGGAACCGGACAAACCAUUGGCCAUUUUGUGCCUUGUUUGGUCACCUUCUCAACAGACGGGACCCACAACCUGCAGCCUGCUCCUGGAGGUCUGCUCCAACCAGCUGUGAAAAGGAUAUUUGCUGGAGCCAACCAGAGUGUUGCCUUGUGCUUUGGUGUUAAGGCCUCACACUCUGCUGACUACCAGUCUUCAUUCAAUCCUCUAAGGAGAAUUGUCAUGGCUGAAGACUCAUUCUGGAACACCUGGAGCAUUCUGGAUAAUGGGGAGCUACAGAAGGACAUCAAAGAGGAGAUUGGUCACAUUUUCUCCGCUGAAUGCCUCAACGGGAGCUUCUUGGAAGUCAGUGGGGAUGAGCAUUUCAAAACAGGCAGAGAAACCUCAGGAGUCGACCUGUCAGCUGCAAGUCUCUGGUUCGAGAAACUGGGAAAAAAUCCCAUACUUUUGCAAGAGGUCACGACCACAGUGGAGGAAAUUCUAAUUCCCUCCUUGACCAAGUCUCCUGCUGGUGUGGAAGCUCUUCGAGUCUAUCUUGUUCUGCCAGAACUCAUAGAUAUCCAGAUGGAGGAGAACAACUCAGUGAAACUUGCAGGUCUUCUGAGUACAGCCAUAGUGGCUCUGGAAGAAAGCCAACUGCAGAUACUUGAAUCGUGGUGGAGUAGCCUCAAUGAAUUUUUUUUCAACAAACUGGUGAAUUUGUACAGAAGUGCAUCCCACUUCCUUCUUCAGGGGACCUCUAGCAAGCAAGAGACAUUUCCUAAAGAACUUCACAGUUGUCUAGCUAUUUUGCAGAGGCUUUUUAGGGUCAAUUCCACCAGAAAGCCUAAAUACCAGGAGAACAAAUUCUACAUCUGUGCACAAGAGGUUUUUGGUGACACACGUGUCUACUGUAAUGAGAAUAUCACUGAUUACAGUAUAAUAUUGGGCAAUAUUAACAGCACUAAUGCAUCUGCUGGGAUUAUCAACGUAUCUGCUGGUUUAGAAAUGGAUGCAUGUACUGAAAACAUUGUUGCUUCUGCUGGAGAUACUGUUACAUCCACUGGAAUCAUUGAGGCUUCUGCUGGAGAUACUGAUACAUCUACCGGGAUCGUUGAGGCUUCUGCUGGAAAUACUGAUACAUCUACUGGGAUUGUUGAAGCAUCAGCUGAAGAUACCGAUACAUCUACUGGAAUCAUAGAAGUCUCAAAUGAGAACACAGACAUACCUACAAGGGACAUUGAAGCCUCAACUGGGAACCCUAAUGCAUCUGCUGGGAUCAUUGAUCUCUCAGCUGGAAACACUGAUGCAUCUAACAGUAUUCUUGAUGCUUCCAGUGCAAACAUUGAAGUCUCUAUGCAGAACAGUACAUUCACAGAGAUUGAUCAUAGUUUGGAAUUUGAUAUUUCUCCAAGUGUAACUGACGAACCUAUCGGGAUUGUUGAUGCCCCACAGAGGAACACUAAUGGCCCUACUCAGAUCAAUGAUGUCUUGACUGCAAGCACCGAGACAUCCGCUGAGAACACUGAGAUAUCUACUGGGAUGAUUGAAAUCUCAGCUGGAGAUAAUGGGAGCACUGAAACAUCGACUGAGAACACUGAGCCAUGUCCCAGGAUGAAUGAUGUACCAAAUGGGAGCUCCGAAACAGCUACUGAGAUACCUACUGGGAUAAUUGAAAUCUCAACUGGGAUCAGUGAUUCACUUACUGAGAUCAUUGAAACCUCAGCUGGAGAUAAUGGGAGCAUUGAAACAUCUACUGGGAACACUGAGACAUCUACUGGGAGCACUGAAACAUCUACUGGGAUGAUUGAGAUUUCUACACGGAACCCAGAACCAUUGACCGAAAUCAUGGAUACAUCUGCCAGGACUGUUGAGACGUCUACUGGUAACACUAAUGACUCGAAUGGGAUCGUUCCUGCCCCUGCACUAAGCCUUGAGUUAUCUGGUGAGAUCGACAUGAACUCCAAUGUGGACGAUUUUGAAUAUGAUUCGACUGCUGAAGUGGACUUAGGGGAGGAUGACGAUGACUAUGACUAUUUUGGAUAUGAUGACGAUGCCGUCUAUGACUACUAUUUUCUACUUAUCAACAGAACAGAGAUCCUUCAAAACACAUUGACACAACUACGAUCCAAAAAAGCAACUGCAUUGCGUGACUAUUUUCGGGUCAUAUUUAAAGGUGAGCACACCAUUGACGAAGGUGGAGUUUCACGGGAGUUCUUCUCUGUUAUUGCCGAGGAAUUUUGCAGUCGACCAAAGAUCCUCAAGCAAUACGAUGAAUCCAGACUUGUUUGGUUCCCGGAAUGGGAGCCAGAAAUCAAUGAUGUAUUUCGCCUGCUGGGCAUUAUCUGCUGGCUGGCCCUGUACAAUGGUUAUCAGGCGGACUUCCACUUCCCAUUGGCCCUCUACAAGAAGCUGCUAAAUGAGCAACCUACUCUCGAUGACCUGAAGGAACUCUCCCCAACAGUCGGCCGAAAUCUUCAGGAACUUCUCAAUUAUGAGGGUGAUGACUUGGAGGAGAUAUUCUGCAUGGAUUUCACAAUUGGGGCAGACAUGGCUGAUGGAUCAAUAACCCGACAUGAACUCAUUCCUAAUGGGAAAAACAUUCCAGUGCAAAGCCACAACAGGAAGUUAUUCGUUGACAAAUAUGUGGACUACAUAUUUAACACAUCGGUGGAGAAAAAUUUCCAAGCUUUCUCUGAAGGGUUUCGAUAUGUUCCUUUGCCAGUUGUAGAUUUGUUCCUUCCUGACGAAUUGAUGGCUCUUCUCCAAGGAAACAUGCUGUACGACUGGCCUCAGCUGGAGGAGAACGCCAGUUACAGGUUGGGCUACACAAGAACGGAUGAAGCCAUUGUCCAGUUCUGGCAGAUGUUUCAUGAGCUAACCCAGGAAGAGAAGAAGCAUUUCCUGGCCUUCCUCACAGGUUGUGACAAGGUUCCCAUUGGAGGCAUGGGCAAGUUCACGAUCGUCAUUCAGCAGGAUUCCAGAACUGAUCCGGAUUUGUACUUCCCAACUGCUCACACUUGCUACCAAAUGCUGGAUCUUCCCCGGUACAGCAGUGCGGAGAUCCUGAGGGAGCGGUUCCUCCGAGCGAUUGGAUGCAGUCGGGGGUUCGGGAUUUACUAGUGGCUGAAAUCAUCUGCUGCUCCUGAGCGUCUCUGAGCGAGUGGAAAUCAUGUUGCACGUGCCCAAUGGUUCAGUGAUUUCUUUAUUAUCACGUGUAGCAAGGUACGGUGAGAAGACAGUCUCAGCAAGACCCAGGCAGAGAUGAGGAGGUACCAGGCCCUUCGGCCCACCAUGUCUGCGCUGAACAUAAUGUCAAUUACCCAGUCACCAGUGCAAAGCACCACACAACGUGCUGGAGUAACUCAGAGGGUCAGGCAACAUCCGUGGCAACAUGGGUGGGUGAUGUUUUCAUUCGGGUCGGGAAGGAUCCUGAGGUACUCCAGCAUUUUGUGUCUUGUUUGUUUGUAAACCAGCAACUGGAGUUCCUCAUAAUGACAGGUAGAUCUGUUAUCAUAAGUG